ACGAGAAUUUUGUAUCACGAAGCUGAUAGAAACCAGAUCUUGCUGGAGUCGUGGAAAUCGACGAGAGUUGUGGGUCACGAAGCUGCGAUCACUAAAUAGAACACACGCAAACCAGAUCUUGCUAAACUCGUGGAAACUGACGAGAAUUUUGCUGAGUACCAAGUUUUCUCCAUUGGAUUUUACCUCAUUGUCUCAGAUUGAGAAGAAACUUCCAAAAUUUUAGGGCUAACAGAUUUCAGCGAUGGUGGGUGCAAACAUCAAGGCGGAGACGAUGGCGCUCAUGGAGCAGCGCACCGCCAUGGAGGAGGAGAUGGAUGGCAUCAUCCAGCGCUUGUGUCGCCCCGGCGGGCCUGGAUUAUCUGGGAAUCUCGUCGAUAGCGAGGGAUUUCCAAGAGCGGACAUUGACGUAGCUGCCGUGAGAAGCGAUCGCCAAAAGCUGGCUGUGCUAAAGAACGAUCGUAAGGAAAUCACUGAUAGGAUAGAGAAGAACAUCCAUAUUCUUCACUCUGGCAGCAAGGAUUUGGAUUUUUCUCUCCCGCAGAAGAGAACAGCUGAAGGCGAGCAAGUUCCACACAGAUUUUUCCAGUCCGGCAGUGGAGGAGCUUCGUCGAUCGAAAACGCUGCUGUAGCUAUGGAUGAGGAUAAUCCCGGACGCUUGCCUUUCGCAGUGUUUGACGAAGUAGCCGAGGGGUCACCCGCAGCAAGAGAUGGAAUCGUCGUUGGAGAUCAGCUGGUCAAGUUUGGGAGCGUCGAGGGUGGCGGAGACGAUUGCUUGCGAAGGCUUGCGCUCGAAGGCCAGAGCCACGAGAACCGUGCCAUCGCAGUCAUCGUCCUGAGGCGAGGUGUUGAAGAACAUCUCUACGUUACUCCUCGGAGGUGGGGAGGAAGUGGUCUUCUCGGGUAA